AUGGCAUUGCUCUCAGCUCUCUUAGCCAUUGUGCCGGCAGUGGCGGCCGCUGAGAAGUAUGCUGUCAUUGCGGCGGGCUCUUCAGGCUUCAUGAACUACCGCCAUCAAGCAGAUGCGUGCCAUGCUUACCAUCUUAUGCUGAAGAGCGGCGUGCCUGCGGACAACAUCAUCCUGAUGAUGCAGGACGAUGUGGCGAGCAGUUCCGAGAACCCUUUUCCAGGCCAGCUCUUCAACAAGCCCGGCGAGAACCCUCCGGAUGUCUACAAGGGCUGCAAAGUGGACUACUCUGGUGACAUUGUGACUGCAAGUUUGUUCCAGCACGUCCUGACUGGUGAUGCGAAGCAAGCCAAAGGCAAAGUGUUGAAAAGUGGACCUAGCGACACCGUCUUCGUGAACUUUGUGGAUCACGGGGGCCCAGGAAUUGUCGCCUUCCCCAAUGGCCCGGUUCUCACUGUCAAGCAGCUGUCCCAGACCCUGAAGACCAUGCAGAGCAAGCACAUGUUCAAGCAGAUGGUGUUCUACAUGGAAGCCUGUGAGAGUGGUUCGAUGUUCCCAGACCUCACGGAGAAUGGCAAGAUCUUGGCCGUGACUGCUUCAAACGCAGAUGAAUCCUCUUGGGGAACUUACUGCGGUGACGAGGCCAUGGUGAAGGGCAAGAAUGUCGGGUCCUGCUUGGGUGACCUCUUCUCCGUGAACUGGAUGCAGGAUGAUGACCUCGGAUUGUUCUCCUCAGAAACCUUCAAGAGCCAAAUUUCCAAGGUGACAAAGCUGACCAACAAGAGCCACGUUUGCAGCUUCGGCGACAAGACAUUUGUCGACGAGACCAUUGGCAGUGUGGAGGCUUUGGCUGCGGCGGGCAGCCCCUCCGUGAGCCUGCCUGAUGCAUCGCGGGGUGCCGUGGACGCCCGUGACAUCUACCUCACCCAAGCCAUGUGGGCUUGGACCCAUGCAGCGGACGAGGAGUCCAAGAAGAAGGCCUGGAAGCGCCUAGUUGGCAUCAUGAAGGACAGGGAGGCCGAUGAGGCCCUCUUUGACGGCCUGGCUGCAGCCGCAUGCGCGGAUGUGAGCUCUCAGGACCUGAUCCAGUGCCAGAAGAAGUUCUUCAGCGACCGGAUGGAAAUGUCAGACAUGGACUGCCACCACGAGCUUACGCAUGCAGUACACGAGCAUUGCCCGGCCUCCAAAUUUCACAACUCAGCGGGCGGCUGGAAUGGCUUCAACAUGAAGUUCGCGCAGGUGCUCCUAAACAUGUGCGAGGGCAAGGACUUCCUCGGGAAGUCGACGGCACAGCUCCUGGACCUUGUCCACAUGCACUGUGCUCAGGCCUCCCGCAGCCGCACCCAGCAAGGCACCCAGCUGGAGAUGGUUGUAUAG